AUGUUCCUUAGCCCCCGUGCGCGAUUGAAGCCCUUGGCCGGCAUGUGUCGGCGAAUGGCCACUUCGUUGGAGGCCGGAAUCGACAUCCGAAAGGUUCUCGCGCGGGAAUCCGACGCCCAAGCCCCGGCGGCCCAACAACGCGUGAUGCGGCAGAUUCGCGACGAGGUGAAGGUGGGGCAUUCCCUGGGCGACUCGAUCAACGAAACGGGCGAGUUCUUCCCCGAGCUGUUUCGUGAGUUGGUCACCGUCGGCGAAGAAACCGGACAACUGGCCGAAGUGUUCCGCCACCUGGCGAAGCAUUACGAACGCCAGGUCGCGCUACGGCGGGAUUUCCUGAAGUCGAUUUCCUGGCCCAUUACGCAACUGUUCGCCGCCAUCUGCACCAUUGGCCUGCUCAUUUGGAUCUUGGGUUGGAUUGCCGACAGUCGCGGUGGUGAAGCCUUCGACGUGCUGGGCUGGGGGCUGAUGGGCGAACGAGGGGCCAUGAUUUACUUCGGCAUCGUCGGAAUUGUGGUCGUCGCGGUCGGGGUACUGAUCGAGGCCAGCCGGCGCGGGGCCCCCUGGGUAGCGCCCUUGGUGCGGUUCGCGUAUCGCAUUCCCGCACUCGGCGGGGCACUGACCACACUGGCCCUGGCACGCAUGGCCUGGUCGAUGAACCUCACGCUCGACACAGGCAUGUCGCUGAAGAAGGCACUCCCGCUGGGAUUUCGUGCCAGCGGCGAUCCGUUUCACCUGGUGCAUCUACGCCGGGUGGUGGCCGAUGUUUCCCGCGGUACUGAGAUUCACGAGGCCCUCUCCGACACGGGGGCCUUUCCGCACGACUUCCUCGAUGCCGUUCGGGUGGGCGAGCAGAGUGGGAGAUUGCCCGAGCAGAUGACGCUGCUUUCCCGGCAGUACGAAGAACGCGCCGAAGCCGCCUUGGCCACGUUGACCCAAAUCGCCGGCUUCGCCGUGUGGGCCAUCGUGGCGGUGUUCAUCAUCAUGCUCAUCUUCCGCAUCUUCAGCGCGUAUGGGUCUGGUGACAUCGUCGAGUUCGACGCGCAGGUGCGGCCCGAGGGGAUUGUGGCAUUCACCGAGGGCCCGGCAUGGCACCCCAGCGGGAAUGUCUAUUUCACCGAUAUCUUCAACAACCGCGUCAUGCGUCGCGAUCCGCAAGAGGUGUUCCACAUCGAACGCACUCCCUCGGGCCGAGCCAAUGGGCUGCUGUUCGACCGUGAAGGCCGCCUGAUGGCCUGCGAAGGUGCCGACGAGGGCGGCAUGCGACGGGUGACCCGUAUGGAACCAGACGGAACCCUGACCGUGCUGGCCGACGCCUACCAAGGCAAAAAGCUGAACUCGCCCAACGACUUGGCGAUCGACAGCAAGAACCGCGUCUACUUCACCGAUCCUCGCUACGGCGAUCGCAGCGACAUGCAGCAACUCGAUGCGGAAGGGAAACCAGUCGAAGGUGUUUACCGCAUCGAUCCCGACGGGAAGAUCGAACGGGUUAUCGGCCACGAGGUGCAGCGCCCCAACGGCAUCGCUGUCUCGGCCGACGACAAAUGGCUUUUCGUAGUCGACAACAACAACGGUACCGUAGACGGCAACCGCAAGCUGUGGCGAUUCAACCUGACCGAGCAGGGAACGAUUGAACCCGAUAGCAAAAAGCUGCUGCACGACUUCGGUCGCGGGCGCGGCGGCGAUGGGAUGGCGCUCGACGCCAAAGGCCGACUCUACGUUGCAGCCGGAUUCAAUGUGCCCAACUUGCCGCUGGAGACCACCGACAAUCCCGCCGGCAUUUACGUCUUCACCCCCGAGGGCGAACAAGUUGGGUUCAUCCCCGUGUUGGAAGACAUGGUGACCAACUGCACGUUCGGUGGACCCGACUUAAAGACGCUCUAUAUCACCGCCGGGCACAAGCUGUGGAGUGUGCCCGAAAACCGCAGCCUUAGAUUCAAACCGUUACCGCUGGCGACGGUGGCGUCGCUGCGAGAAGAGCGGAAGUUGUUGAACCUCGUCGAAUCGGAUGCUUGCGGUCGCGAUGACUGCAACCCGCGAACAUCGCCGAUUGCAAAGAUUUUUAGGGCCUUCGAAACAGGCUACAGCAAACAGUGUGCCGAGUGGCCUAGCUCCCGAGACACUUGCGGCCGCCAAGCCGAGUUGUUGUCGCAAGUCGUUACGUGGGGAUGGAUCGUCGCGGUGAGUGUUGGCCUGGCCACAGCAGAAGAUUGGCCCGCUUGGCGACACGAUGCGGCCCGCAGCGGCAUUUCGAGCGAGCAACUGCCUGAGCAGCUCAAUUUGCAAUGGGGCCUGAACCUGCCAGCCAACACCCCGGCGUGGCCGGAAGACGUGCGGAUUCAAUUCGACGCAGCUUACGAGCCGAUCGUGGCCGACGGCACGAUGUUCAUCGCUUCGGCCGAAAACGACUCGCUACUGGCCGUCGAUGCCGCCACCGGCGAACGUAAGUGGCAGUUCUUCGCCGACGCCCCCAUUCGCUUGGCCCCGGUAGCCCAUGAAGGACGGGUCUACUUCGGCUCGGAUGAUGGCUUCUUGUACUCGGUCGAUGCAGCCUCUGGCCAACAGGUCUGGAAGCUCAACUUGGCCCCCGGCGAUCGCCGCAUCUUGGGCAACGACCGACUGAUCUCGGUGUGGCCCGUGCGCGGCGGUCCGGUGAUUGCCGACGGCAAGCUGUACUGCACCUGCGGUGUGUGGCCGUUUGAAGGAACAUUCCUUUACACGGUCGACGUAGAGACCGGCGAGAAGCUCGAUGCGAGCGAGACCGGUGAGCAACCGAAUUACGUGGAUACCACGCUGCCAACGAUGUCCCCCCAAGGACACCUGGUCGUCAGCGACGGACGAUUGUUCAUCCCUUGCGGUCGAGCCAUUCCGGCCUGUGUUGAAUUGGACGGCGGACAGUUCGUCACCUUGCGGUACGACUCUCGUGGGCGGACCGACUAUCACGUUACGGCCUAUGGCCCCUGGGUUCUGCACGGUGACCGUUUCUACAACGUCGAUUUGGGUUUGGUGGCCGACGAGAAGGGCCCCCGCCCUGUGGCUGAAGAUGAUGUGCUCUACACCACCGACGACGAUGAAGUGGUGGCCUACGACCUGAGCGAUCCGAAGGUGACCGAAGGCAAAGACCGCCGCGGCAACCCGACGAAGAGCCUGAAGGUGGCCGAAGCCUGGCGGCUGAAGCUGGGCGAAGUUUGCGAACUGCCAGAGUUUGCCGACAUCAUCGAACGCAGCCGCUGGCUGAACGAGCACCCGAUCAUGCUCAGCAUCAAGUCGGGCUCCCGGCUGUAUGGCUUCCAGCACGAAACGGUGUUUGCCGUCGAGCUGCCCCAAGGUGAUGAGCCAGGAAAGCUGAUCUGGAAAGCCAAGGUCAACGGAACCCCGGCCUCGAUGCUGACGGCCGAUGGACGACUGUAUGUGGUCACCAAAGAAGGCUCGAUCAACUGCUUCUCGGGUGAAGAAGGAAAAGGAACUCGCCAACUCCUGGCGCACAAGGUCAUCGAAAGCAGUGAUGACAAGUGGCAAGAAGCCGCAGGCAAGCUCAUCGAAACCGCAGGAGCAAAGGAAGGUUUUGCCGUGGUGGUUGGGUCCGGCAGUGGUCGUCUGGUCGACGAGUUGAUCGCUCAGACCGACCUGCGGGUGAUCGUCGUUGAAGGCGACCAAGACAAGGCAGACGAACUCCGCCAGCGUUUGGUCGAGGCGGGUGUUUACGGACAUCGCGUGGCGGUGCUCGCUUCCGGUCCGCUGAAUUGCACGCUUCCGCCGUACCUGGCGAACCUGGUGGUGGGUGAAGAGUUGCCCGCGGCCGCGCACGAACAUCCGGCGGAGUUCACCCAAUGGGUGUACGGCAUCCUGCGUCCCUACGGCGGUACGGCUUGCAUGAUGCUGGAAGACAACCAACACCAGCUGCUCGAAGGAGCCGUGAGCGAACUGAGCCUGGAGGGGGCCAAAGUCACUCGACACGACGGUGAUCUUUCGACGCUCACCCGCGAGGGUGCGUUGGCCGGCUCAGAUCCUUGGACCCACGAGUAUGGCGAUGCGGCUAACACGCUGAUGUCGCAAGACCAAAGGGUCAAAGCCCCGCUGGGCCUGCUGUGGUUUGGUGGCCCUUCGUCCAGCGGUAGCCUGUAUUACGAUCGCCACGACUGGGGACCCAGCAUGGUGGUGAUCGAAGGGCGGAUCUUCAUCCAAGGCCCGGAGAAGCUUACGGCCGUCGAUGUCUACACCGGUCGUGUGAUCUGGCAACGCCCCGUGGAAAGUGGAGUCAGUCCCGGCCGGCGAGGGAACUUCGUCUCCACCGGCCAUCACCUGUUGGGCACGCCCGACAGUUUGUACCUGGGCUAUUCCGAUCGCUGCUUGCGGCUCGACCCGGCCACCGGCGAAACGCUGAAGGAGCUUCGGCCGCAGAACAAAGACAGCCAGAUGGGGCGAAUUCGCGUGGAAGGCGACGUGAUGGUCGCCGAGGAAUUCCAAGAUACGGAAGAAGAUGGCGAGUUACCCGUUGCUCUGGUGGCGCUGGACCGCAAGACCGGUGAGCAAAUGUGGCGCACGGCCGCCGGGUUCAGCUUCCCCUUUUUCGCCGUAGGGAAAGACAAGGUCUACUGCUUCGAUGGCGUGAUUGAAAAGCUGUACCAGGACUGGCGACGCAAGGGACUCAUCCCCGAGGCCGCCGCUGAACGCUACGUGGUGGCCCUCAACUUGGCCACGGGUGAAGAGCUGUGGCGGCAACCCACCGAGAUGAUCGUCACCUGGCUUUCUUAUUCACCUGACCUCGACGUGGUGGUCAUCUCCAACAAGGCCGGCGUGGCAGCCCAUCAAGGCAAGACCGGUGAACUGAUGUGGAGCAAGGUCGAAGAGGGCCAAGGCUUCCGCGGCCAUCCCGAGAGCGUGUGGGAUAAGGUCAUCGUCUACAACGACCGCAUCAUCGAUCAGCGUGGACCCGGGAAGUCGUACUACCUGGAGACCGGCCUGCCGAUCAUGGCCACGAACCCCAUCACCGGAGAACCGGUUGCCUGGGAGUUCACCAAGAGCGGUCACCAUUGCAACUACGCCAUCGCCAGCCCCCACCUGGUCACGUUCCGCGCAGCCGAGGCAGGCUUCUUCGAUAUGGUUGGCAACGGUACCUGCCGGCUCGAUGGGUUCCGCUCCGGUUGUCGCAACAGCUUGCUGCCGGCCGACGGGGUGCUGAACGCCCCCAACUUCGCCCACGGUUGCAUAUGCGAUUACUCGUUGUUCACGUCGCUGUCAUUCGUGAAUGUGCCGGAGGCCGAUCUGUGGUCGUACAGCGCCUUAAAGGCGGGCGACGGCCCCAUUCGUCGCGUGGGAAUCAACCUCGCGGCACCCGGUGAUCGUCGGGCCGACAACGGAACGCUAUGGCUUGAUUACCCCAGCGUCGGUGGCUCUUCGCCCGACCUGGAUCUGGAAUUCAAAGCCGACAAGCCCAAGCUACUGCGACGCCACGCCCGUCAAAUGGCCGGCGAAGGGCUUCGCUGGGUGGCCGCCUCGGGGAUCGAAGGGGCCGAGUCGCUGAGAAUCCCGCUGAACCGACCGGCUGAAGCCCAACCGGUGAAUUGCACCGUGCGACUAUACUUCGCCGAACUGGCCGCCCAUCAGCCGGGCGAACGCGUGUUCGACGUCUCCGUGCAAGGCCGCACGGUGCUGGAAGACUUCGACAUCGCCGCCGAAACGGUUGAGCAAUCGGGAGAAGAAGUCAGCUUUAGUGCUCCCCUGCCCGUGGUGAUGAAAGUAUUCCCGGCCGUCGAAGCCGUCGAUGCCAUUGUCGUCGACUUCGCCGCCAAAACCGGCCGACCACUGGUCUGUGGUGUUGAGGUGGUAACGGAGAAGUAA